AUGUCCCACCUGAAUCCCCCUGUAUUGCUUAUAUGGACCAUACUCGCCGCUCUCCUUGGAGCUUUCUUCGCUUCGCACCUGUGGGCCUUCGACCGCUUCCGGUGCUUGAGGUGGAACCAGGGCUCGCAAGGGGCGUUCAAGCGGGUCAUGACAUAUUCAUAUCUAUUGGCUCUACCGCUCUUUUUCGUAUACUCGAUCGUCAGUACGAUCAUCAAGUAUGAUGAGGGAUACGUGAGUAUCCCCGGCUAUGGAGUUGUCGCGAAGCCGUACACUCGCUGGACGCCCGGUCACCGAGCCGCCAUCUUACCGCUAAACUUUUGCUUCGCCUUCGCAUCUUCCUUCGAGAUCAUCUCUCAUCUCGAGGAAACUUGCUUCUGGCACUACGUUGUCUCGUCAGGUCCUGCGCAGAAGGAGUGGUUCAAGAGCGUGUACUUCAAGAUCUGGGUUUGCGGCUCAAUCAUAGCGUUCUUCUACCCACCACUCGUCACUCUUUUGACACGAGACGAUGUUUCGAGGAACGAGGCAUCCACUUUUCUCUCUAGUGGAGUAGCUAUCACGCUAAACACACUCGCCUUCCUGCCCGUGCUGUGGAAGUUUCCAAGGUUCUUGUACGGACUGCGCAAGGACAACGUCGAUAUGCAGACGCUAUCGCGGCUCACGAAGUUCCACGAGAUGAACAAAAUACGAUUGUUCUUCCGCACGAUGGUUGGACUUCCGAUUCUCAUCUUGGCCUGCGACGGCUUGUCCCACCAACACAUUGCAGAAAACAAUUUUGGUACAGACUUCCUGGCGAUUAUAGCCGGUGUCGGGAUUGUGGUAUCUUCUGGCAUCACCCUCACAAUAUUCUUUCCGCGCUCCAUCGAAGGGGAGAUCGCUCGAGACGUGGCCCAUAGCCGCGGCAUCUACAGCGGAGAUGCAAAGCUUGCCCAGAUCACUUUCAUAUCACAAGAGCAAGAGCAAGAGCUCUAUCGGGACGAUAGGGACAUGCCUAAGGAUGGUAUCUCUCUUUCAGACAUGUCGCAGGGCCAGGGAAAUCAGUGGCGGAAUAGUGACUCUUUACUAUUAUCGAAGCAGGCGUCCUUGGACUCGGAUAGCCAUCCAGGGCAUGGAACCAUUCAGCUACCGAACUCUCCAUAUCCCGGAGAUCGACUGCAGCCAAAUCGCCGGAUGCCUGAACCCAUACAAGAGGUCGACGACCUUUCGUUCGCCGAACGCGGGCAGGCCCAGUCGGCAACUUCGCGGAUACGGAUCGCCCCCAAGAAGCCCCGCGUAUCGCACUUCGUGCAUAACUUCCGUUCACCGAUAGAUUUUCGUCGGGCGGACGGCGCAUGA